CGCUCUCUUUAGUUCGGCACGAGAGUUCGCAUCGUCGGGACGACGCGCCGUCGCUCGGCUCGCGUAGAAACCUUCGCACUCACACAUAUACACUCCCCCCCCCCUCUCUCCUCGCCUACCCUCUAUCGGCGUAUAGUGUGGCGACCGAACAGAGUUGAGAGUACAUUAUAACCUCGGAGUGCGCGGAGUGCUGUACACAUUAUUACGUCGUCCUGGAGCCGAGGAGGCUCGGGGCAGGAUCGCUGGGUGAUAAGAAACGGGGACGAAGUAUAGACGAGAGAGUCGUUCCUGGCAGUGCGGCGACGAGAUGCCAGAAUCGGCGGCGCUGCAACAGCGGCGGACAAAGGGGGACGGCCGCAGCGGCGACAGAGCAGUACUGUAGUGCAACGGCAGCAGCAGUGGAGACUUCUCUCUCUCUCUCUCUCUCUCUCUCUCUUCUCUGUGUAAGCUAGUAUAUAUACCUAUAUAGCGUAGGUAUACAGCAGCGCUAGCUCUCUUUCUCCGAUUCCACGCCUCUCCACUACUUGCACUGCAGCCAGAGCUGACGAAUUAUCACGACGAUGAUGCUGCCGCCGCUGCACAGGAUGAGGAUCGACCAGUAGUGUGUAUGCACAUCGUGACCCUUUGUGGAGAGAUACGAAGGAGAAGAAGAAGGAGAAGAUGGCCGGGAUAGGCAAGAGGACGUAUCUGCGCGAGGUGAACCCGCACCUCAUAUGUCCCCUCUGCAGGGGAUACCUCAUCGACGCGACCACCGUCGUGGAGUGUCUUCAUUCUUUCUGCAGAAGCUGUAUACUGAAGCACCUGAACAAGAAUGCCCAGUGCCCGACCUGCAAGCAUCUGCUCAACACCGCCAAACCGAACAUCAAGGCGGACAAGGCACUACAGGACAUCGUGUACAAGCUGGUACCAGGUCUCUAUCACAAAGAGAUGCGGAAGAGACGGGAGUUUUACAGCAAGCAUCCGGAGCACGGAUUCGCUGCGAUGAGCCUGAACCAUCUUGGCGGUGCUGACUCAGCGACGCCGGAGCAACGAGGCGAGGACGUGAGCGGUAGACUGAUUUUCGCUCCGGAGGACGCGAUAAGCCUGAGCCUGGAAUACCUUCCCGUGGGCGCUGAUCCUCUGACUUUGCUAUCGAACAACAGCGACGUCGACGCCAGUCAGGUUAACAGUCCCAAGACGAAGAUCAACAACGGUAUGGCCAACAGGAGAUACCUCCAGUGUCCAGCUCUAGUGACCAUAGCGCACCUCAAGAAGUUCCUCGCGCUGAAAUAUAGCGUCGACGUGACCAGGUACAACAUCGACAUCUGCCAUAGACGGGCACCACUGCCAGAGCACUGGACUCUCAUGGACGUGGCCUACAUAUUCGCGUGGAAACGGAACGCUCCGAUAAGGUUCUUCUACCGCAUCACACAAGAGGAGCAGCAGCUGGAGGCACCGCCGAACGACAGGCCGUCCACGCCUGGUCUCGGCGCGAGUCAACCCAUCGCUGACGAACAGGCUAUCGAGCCGAAGGAUAAGGAACCCGAGUCUAACAAAGAGCCACUAAACAAGCCGUCCGUUGAGGAAUCCAAGCAGCAAGCAGUCGAGCCAAAGAUUCCACAGAUCUCGCCGCAGAAGCCAGAGAUCAAACGAAACGAGUCCGAGAAUGUUAGAGGCUUCCUGGCCAAGAGGUCGGCGCCCAGUCCCAAGGAGAACUUACCGGUGACUACGAAACCACUGCCACCGUUGCUGCCGAAACCUGAACCACAGGUGAAGAGUCCGAUUAAAAUCAUGAAGAACUCGGACGGAAGAUAUCAGGUACUGCGAGGACCCGCUACACCGCUGAGAACGACGGACAGCGGUACGAUCUCAUCGCCGAAACCUUCCCCGCCGUCCCUGACUCCGGCGGAGUUCAGUGUGGUCAGUAUAGCCGAUGGUGUCAAUUCCAACAGUGUCAAGAUAACCCUGAAGCAGUGCCCACCCGGAAGCACAACUCCUGGCAGCACUAACAGCACUAACGCUUCCAAAAAGCCUAAGGUCAUCAGCAACGUUCUCCUGAGGAGUCCCACCCAGGUGGACAAGUCCAGCCCCAUGAGUAUCGUCGAGCAGCUGCAGGAACAGAAGCAGAAGCGCAAGGUUACAUUCUUGGAUAACGUGGAAUCGAGUCCUCUGACUGCUCCUAAGCAGGCGAAGAAGUCGACUGAGCAGGCGGACAAGAAGCAGUUCCUGCAGGGCUUUAGACUGACUGCCGCUGCCGCCAAGCAACAACAUCAGGAGGUAUCCAACUCCGAGCAAACGUCCUCGAAAAAGAAGAGCGAGCAGAUCAGCGUCGAGGAGCAGGUCAGAAGUAUCAUUACCAAGAACGAUCCGAACAAGCUUUUGACCAGCGCCAAUCAACAAGCCACGACGAACAACAGCGAGGAGACAUCACCGACGAAGAAACGGCAAAUCGAGGUGAAGAUCAACUCUACCAACAUCGCUGAUCGACUCAGCGAUCCGAAGCAAUUGGCUACGACUGGAGACAACGCAUCCCAGGCUCAGGCAAUCAGUAGCAGUAACGAGCAACAGCCGAUCGAUGUCUACGCAUUUCCCAAUGACCCGCCCACAGCUUUACCAGCUGGUGCCGUGAAGAGAAAAUGCCCACCGGGGCUGCCGAUCUUCGACGUGCGGAAGAAGCCACAGCCGUAUCAGACAGGAAAACGUGCGGGAGUGAACACGACGAGAGGUGGUGGAGCGGUCAAGUGUUACAGGAAUCAGUCGGCUAAGCCGAUGAUCUACGCGAAGCCUCCACCGAGUCCAGCCAGGCCUUUGCAAAGCCUCAACGCCAUUGGAAAUGUAGGAAACGUAAACGCUGGUAGUCCUUCCGCUCAUCCUAACAACAACCCCACAGUCACCUCCACAUCUCCAAAGAACCCGCCACCACCGUCCUCGGUUAUGAUCUCCAACGACACGCGAAAUUUGCUCGACGGUUGCGGCCUCAAUAUACCCGCCAGCCUCAGCAUCACCUUGACUGCGCCGAAAUCCCCCAGUCGGGUGAACGACCCAGUCAUCGACUCACGAGGAUCGAAGGAAGCCCAGAGUCCACUGGAUAAGGUUAAUCCAAGCAUCACUCUGAACGACAAAUCUGUCGACCCGAAAGUAUUAAAAGCGCUGAAAUCCGGUCAGAUGAGGAUGCCCGCGGCCAACGCUGGAGCCAAGACUAAGGGAAGACAGCCGGCAUCGCUGGAUCAGACGCCUCAACAAGGACCGGCUGCCAAAAGGAAAAAGGAGGAGCAGCUUAUGCAACAGGCAAAGAAUAUUUUGGAUCUGAGUGGGACCAAGAAGAUGGACACCCAUCCGCUGAAGAUUCCCACGCCUAUUGGGAAAUUCAAACCGAAACCACCAACUUGGUCACAGGCGAACAGUCCAAAGCCUCCAACGAAGGACGACGCUCCGAGCUAUACCACCAAUGGUCAAGUGGUCACCGUGACCGGCGGCCAGAGGUUCUAUCGGGCCCCGCCGGGAUCACUAACGCCCGCUGCCCAUCGAAUCGGCGACAUCCCAACACCGAGUCGUGCUCCGGUCUACGCACCCUGUUUCUCCAGCCCCUCCCCUCCCACCAGUCGUCCACCUCCGGUUAAUCUGUCCUCCGUCUUCCCUAGCUUGCAGAGUCUUUACGCAUUGAGUCAGUCACCCAGCCUCGAACAGUUCCACAUGGAUUCGAGAAUUCGAAUGGCAGCUGCCGCCAACGCGGCAGCGAACGCCAACAAGGAUUCCAAAAACGUAAGCAGCAAUAAUUCCGGAUCUGUUGGACAGAAGAGUCAUUUGGCAGCUCAAUGCGCCCCUAUCAAGCCGGCGAGAUCGUCUAUUGGAUCGUUUGCCGUACCGAUUGCAAAGCAGAUCAGCGGAACCCCUGCCAAGCUGCCAAGUAGUAAUAAACCUGGAAAAGCAACAGCCAGCACUUCAGUCUCGACUGCCAAAGACAGCGAGACGACCACAAGUAGCACUGACUCUGGUAAUACCGAGCAGAAGGAUAGAAAAGUCGAGAGCUCUAAAGAAGCCUCGUCGAAAACGAAUACAGAGCAAAGUGAAACCUGCACUACCUCCUCCGCCGCCGAGGAGGGCAACUCUCAAGGCUCAGCCAGUCCUCGGGUUACCUCCACAGCUUCCCCGUCGCCUCCUCCAAGCGCUAGCGAAGCAUCCACUUCUAACUCCAGUACCUCCGAAUCGAAGUCAUCGAAACCGGAAAACCGCCAGCAGCAGCCUUCCUCCGGUUCCGAAGUAACGAGCAGCAACAAGUCUCCCGAAAGUCCAGAUUCAAGUUCAGUGGUGACCGAAAGUAUCAGCAAUUUGGUAGACAGUACAAAGCCCGUGAUGGAGAAGGCCGGAGACGCGUCACCAGAAAAAGCCGAUACAAAAACGACGAGCGAAGAGAAGUCGAGCGACGAAGCCAAAUCGAAGGAGAAGCUGGACACCACGGAGUUCAAGAAGCCCGUGAGUUCUGAGACUCUGCAGAAAAGAUUCCUCGACGCGUUUCCCUCCACCGAGUGGGCCAACGAUCCUGUAGCUGCCGAGCAGUUCGGAAACUUUCUGAAGCGCCUGUCCUCUAUGCAGGCAGAGGCUCAGUCGAAGAACGCCAAGGCAGUCGAUUAGGAUAUCUCGUGUUAGGCUAGAGCGAAUUCACUGAUGAGAAGUAUAUGCACAAUCAUUGAAUGAAACGUUUCGUUUGAUAUCGGUGUAUUUUAGUGAAGGUCGAGCUAUUUAAUUGCUGACGAACCUCAAAUUAGUGUAGUAGUGAAAAUCGUAGUAGAUGGAAAACGGAACGAAGCUCACACGCGGGAACUAGCUUCAUCACUGCCUAUCCGAUAUGAGACUUGUUAUACCUCUGAUCUGCGGGCGUGCGUAUCUUUCUUUCCGAGGAUGCCACGCGCUUUUUGUACGUCGGAAGGAAUUUUUUAAUCUACUAUUGUGAUAAGAGGUUUUCCGUACUUGUGAGAGCAGCAGCAAUUUUUGUACUUCACAGUGAUAACACAGAUAUACACAAUAUGUAAGGGUUAACCAUUGGGCCUGGUUAUUGAGUCUAGAAAUUUAUAUUUUUUGAAAAUGUUGAUUAUCAACGAAUGGUCAGAGAUUUAUUUUUAAAUUCAAUGAUUGGGCCAAUGGUUGGACAAAGUACUAUAUACUAAGCAUUUCUUCAGGGAUCUUUUUGAAUGUCGUUUUACAACAUUGUAAGAGGGAAGCCACCCUGAAACAGGGAUGAAAAGUGUCUAAUACAGCAGUGGUAAUUUGAUACAUUAACUUAUUAAUGCAUUAAACACGAGCUUUAAUGGUCUCUGCCAUAAAAUGUAUCCGUAUAAACUACAGUAUUCUUACAAUCAAUUACUAAGCUUACUUAUACCAGGAAUCUGUCAGGUUGUCUAUGACAUCAAAUGAAUUUUGUUUGUGGAUUUUCAUAAAAUCCACAGUUGGCAACAACAAAAAUUGUUCUUUUUGUAAAAUAUAGCUUAUUUUAAUGUAAUUUUUAGCUAUUUUUAAGCGAUUGUAUCACUAGCGACGAGACAAUAUUUGUUCCUUUAGUUGUAGUCAACAGCAAUGUAGUUUUGUUUGCUAUUGUAUUUGGCAUUGUUAAAGCUUUAGUUUAACCUAAGUUUUGUUAAAAGCAACUCGUUGGUACACACAAGUUGCACAACUGCCGCACUGCCAUUUGUAUCAAUACAAAGCUCGAAUAGCACACGCAGACUGAGAUAAUUCCAAUCGAGAAAGCAGAGCACUUUUCUCGCAGCCAAAGCCAAUGCAAAACUAGCUAAUCUCAGUGAACUUUGUGUACAAGAUGCAGUUGUCUUGAAUGUAUGUAUACGUUUAGACUUUAACAAGUAUCCUUAGUCGUUUUAAGCUGUAAAUACCUUGAAGGAGAUCACUCAAAGACAAGAGAGUACCACGCUCAGUACUAAAAAUACUUAAAUAAAGCGACGACCGUAAGCGUCGAAAUGUUCUAUUUUACUACACAGAAUAUGAAUUAUAAACACAAAAAUAACGGAUCGCCGCUGUCAGGUCAAUCGCGGGCUCGUAAGCGCUGCCAGCAAUUUUCGCUCGCCUUUUUUUUAUGAUAAACAUAAGCAUAAUAAUCAUGAAGAACCGAAAGAGAGAAAAUGAAUCAGGAGAAUCAUCGCAGUGUACAAUACCGAAUAAAUAUACGUAUUCCUAUAUACAAAGCUCA